AUGCUUAUGAUUCAGCUGACCCUCUUGAGCGCCCUGAACCUGACCACCGACGAAGCCUAUGAGAAAGUAACCAAAUCUCUAGGCAAGAAACUCGAUACAGUCACCCUGGAGGACGGCACACGCGGCCACUGGAUCGGUGAUCGCUCUGCGGAACACAUUCUGGUCUUCAGUCACGGUGGUGGUUAUGCCCUGUAUGCCAUUGAACCGCAAUUCCAGGUCCUCUGGGGGCUCGUAGAAGAGGCCGAACGUAAAGGCAAAAAGCUUGCUGUACUGUUCCUGUCAUAUGAUGUCAGUGUAACUGCUCCGUAUCCACGACAGCUACAGCAAGCAUCUGCCCUUCUCCAAUAUAUGCUGAAUACGGAGAAGAAGAAACCCGAAAAUAUCAUUCUCGCCGGUGACUCUGCCGGAGGCAAUCUAACCCUUGCAAUCCUCUCCCACGCUGCACACAAACACCCACGCGUAGAGCCGCUCAAACUGGACGGACGCUUUGGCGCCGCGGCCCUCGUCUCCCCCUGGUUGACCUUCGACACAAAGACAUCCGAUUCCAUGAAGCGGAACAAGUACCGCGACGUCCUAUCCCUAAGAUCCCUCGACGCCUGGUCAUCACUAUUCAUCGCCGACGCAACAAGAGACAACUAUCUAGAGCCAUUGUAUGCAGUGCCGCAAUGGUGGCAGGACGCCCCUGUCGAAGAUGUCCUCGUCAUAUCCGGUGCAAAUGAGGUCUUCGUGGAUGAUAUCCGAGCUUUUGUGAAGAAGUUCCAAUCAGUUCAUUCUAAAGUCACGUAUGUUGAGUCUCCGAAUGAGGCGCACGAUGAAUUUUCCUUUGCAGGUAUGUUCAAUGAACCACCUUCUCAGCAGCAGGUUACGUUCGAACGGUGGGUUCUGGCGAGGAUUAUGACUUAG